CCACAUCAUUUCAAACUCCGCCAACUAGGCUCACUCCUUCUGCGCCGUCCGUCAUCCUUCUACUACUCUCUUUUGCCAAAUGUCGUUUGCGGGAAGACGCCGGGGAAACAAAGUUAAAAAGGGUGUUCAGUUCACCCUCAUGGUCGUCGGUGCCUCCGGCACUGGACGCACCACUUUCGUGAAUACCCUUUGCGAAUCCGAAGUUUUGGCUCAUAAGGUCUCCGACGACCCAGAGACCGCUCACGUCGAAGAGGGCAUUCGGAUUAAGCCUGUCAACGUCGAACUUGAAGAGGAUGGUGUUCGCAUCGCUCUUACUAUAGUCGAUACUCCUGGGUUUGGCGACAACAUCGACAAUGAAUUUGCGUUCCAGGAGAUUGUUGGAUACCUCGAACGUCAAUACGAUGACAUUUUGGCCGAAGAGUCUCGCAUUAAACGUAACCCACGCUUCAGGGACAACAGGGUUCAUGCCCUGUUGUACUUUAUCCCUCCCACUGGACACGCUCUGCGGGAGAUGGAUAUCGAGCUGAUGCGUCGCCUCUCUCCUCGUGCGAACGUCAUCCCUGUUGUAGGUAAGGCGGACUCUUUGACUCCGUCUGAACUCCGAGGCUUCAAGAAGCGGAUCAUGGAAGACAUUGAACAUUAUGAUAUCCCUGUUUACAACUUCCCCUUCGAUAUUGAAGAAGACGACGAGGAUACCAUUCAGGACAACAGCGAACUGCGCGCCCUUCUACCUUUUGCUGUCAUCGGUUCGGAAGAGGAGAUUGAGAUCGACGGUCAACCUGUUCGCGCACGCAUCUAUCCUUGGGGAAUUGCUGAAGUCGAUAACCCGAGGCAUUCUGACUUCAGCAGGUUGAGGAGUGCUCUUUUGAACUCUCAUCUUGCGGAUCUCAAGUCUUUGACUCAUGACGUCCUCUAUGAGACCUACCGUACGGAAAAGCUCUCCAGGACCGUCCACGCAGAAACAAACGACUCUUCCAUCUUGCCCGAGGAGCUCGCUUCCCAAAGUGUGCGUCUCAAGGAGGAGCAACUACGCCGGGAAGAAGAGAAGCUACGCGAGAUCGAGCUCAAGGUCCAAAGAGAGAUCAACGAAAAGAGACAGGAGCUACUCGCCAAAGAAGAAUCUCUGCGCAACUUGGAAAGUCGACUCGCCGCGCAGGGCUCUCAGUCAGAAUUCCGAGAGUAGAUUCAUGGCCCUAGACAAGAUAUACCCCACUGAACAGUUCACCCUGGGAGUUCAAACCACUCGUUUUUCAUCGUUCUCGUCUAGUUUUUGUUUUUCACAACGGAUAAUUUCCCCUAGUCUUAGUGUUUCUCUCGGGAGGAUUUGAUUGCCUAGUAUCUACUAAUGACUCGUUCGCUCUCUUACUGCCUCCUUAAAUACCUUUUACCUGAUGUGAAUGCAUACCACCAAGGGAUUGUGCGAGAUGGUUGAGUGGUGUGGGUAAGGAAGGCUAGACUGGCGAAACAAUUGAUAUUUCAAGAAAGGACCCAAUUAUCCGCCGACCUCGACGCUACAUUUUGUAACUCUAGACAACGACAGUGACGGGCAACAGCAGGUAGAUAGGGCAUGAAUACGGAGU